AAGCUCGCGCCGCCGCUUCUCGGCUCCCUGGGCGCGUCCAGGACCCGCUGCGUCAAGCGCGCCGUCCCCGGACCCGGCGUGCGUCCCCACGAGGGAAGUGACCUCGCCACUUCAGCUGCCUCCCCGCCCGGCGUGCUGCCUGUCUUCGCCUUCCUUGGCGAGGGGCCACGGAGAAAGUCGCGCCUGCCCUCGUCCCUGGCCCCACAGUCCUCCCACCGCCUGGUGCGCCAUGGACGCCCCGGAGCAGCAGCCGGACCCCGACGGUGGGGACGCCCCAGGCCAUGAGCCAGGGGGUAGCCCCCAAGACGAGUUCGACUUCUCCAUCCUCUUCGACUAUGACUCUUAUUUGAAUCCUAUCGAAGAAGAGCCGAGUGUGCAUAAGGUCGCCAGCCCACCCUCCGGACUCGCAUACCCCGAUGAUGUCCAGGACUAUGGCCUCAAGCCAUACAGCCCCUUUGCCAGUCGCUCUGGCGAGCCCCCUGGCCGAUUCGGAGAGCCGGAUAGGGGAGGGCCCCAGAACUUUCUGAGCCCGGCCAAGCCAGCGGGGGCCUCGGGCCUGAGCCCUCGGAUCGAGAUCACUCCAUCCCACGAACUGAUGCAGGCAGGGGGCCCCCUCCGUAUGACAGACGUUGGGCUCCUGGUGGAGCAGCUGCCCCCGCUGGGGGUGGCCGCCAGCCCGAGGUUCACGCUGCCCGUGCCCGGCUUCGAGGGCUACCGCGAGCCGCUUUGCUUGAGCCCCGCUAGCAGCGGCUCCUCUGCCAGCUUCAUUUCCGACACCUUCUCCCCCUACACCUCGCCCUGCGUCUCGCCCAAUAACGGCGGGCCCGACGACCUGUGUCCCCAGUUUCAAAACAUCCCUGCUCAUUAUUCCCCCAGAACCUCGCCAAUAAUGUCACCUCGAACCAGCCUCGUCGAGGACAGCUGCCUGGGCCGCCACUCGCCCGUGCCCCGUCCGGCCUCCCGCUCCUCGUCGCCUGGUGCCAAGCGGAGGCAUUCGUGUGCAGAGGCCUUGGUUGCCCCGCUGCCCGGAGCCUCACCCCAGCGCUCCCGGAGCCCCUCGCCGCAGCCCUCGUCUCACGUGGCAGUCCGGGACGACGACGGCGCCCAGGCCGGGUACCCCCCCACGGCUGGCUCUGCCGUCCUCAUGGACGCCCUGAACAGCCUCGCUGCGGACUCGCCUUGUGGGAUCCCCCCCAAGAUGUGGAAGACCAGCCCUGACCCCUCGCCGGUGUCUGCCGCCCCACCCAAGACCGGCCUGCCCCGCCACAUCUACCCUGCCGUGGAGUUUCUGGGUCCCGGCGAGCAGGAGGAGAGGAGAAACUCGGCUCCCGAGUCCAUCUUGCUGGUCCCACCAACUUGGCCGAAGCAGCUGAUGCCGGCUAUUCCCAUCUGCAGCAUCCCAGUGACUGCAUCCCUCCCUCCACUUGAGUGGCCACUCUCCAGUCAAUCAGGCUCCUAUGAGCUGCGGAUUGAGGUGCAGCCCAAACCACAUCACCGGGCCCACUAUGAGACAGAAGGCAGCCGAGGGGCUGUCAAAGCACCAACUGGAGGCCACCCUGUUGUUCAGCUCCAUGGCUACAUGGAAAAUAAGCCUUUGGGGCUUCAGAUCUUCAUUGGGACGGCUGAUGAACGGAUCCUUAAGCCACAUGCCUUCUACCAGGUGCAUCGGAUCACAGGGAAAACUGUCACUACCACCAGCUACGAGAAGAUUGUAGGCAACACCAAAGUCCUAGAGAUUCCCCUGGAGCCGAAAAACAACAUGAGGGCAACCAUCGACUGUGCCGGGAUCCUGAAGCUUCGCAACGCCGACAUCGAGCUGCGGAAAGGCGAGACGGACAUCGGCAGGAAGAACACUCGGGUGAGGCUGGUCUUCCGCGUGCACAUCCCAGAGGCCAGCGGCAGGAUCGUCUCCCUGCAGACUGCGUCCAACCCCAUUGAAUGCUCCCAGCGAUCCGCCCAUGAGCUGCCCAUGGUGGAAAGGCAGGACACGGACAGCUGCCUGGUGUACGGGGGCCAGCAGAUGAUCCUCACGGGGCAGAACUUCACCGCUGAGUCCAAAGUUGUGUUCAUGGAGAAGACCACAGAUGGGCAGCAAAUUUGGGAGAUGGAAGCCACGGUGGAUAAAGACAAGAGCCAGCCUAACAUGCUUUUUGUUGAGAUCCCUGAAUAUCGAAACAAGCACAUCCGCACGUCCGUAAAGGUGAACUUCUACGUCAUCAAUGGGAAAAGGAAACGAAGUCAGCCUCAGCACUUUACGUACCACCCAGUCCCAGCCAUAAAGACAGAACCCACCGAUGAGUACGAUCCCACUUUGAUCUGCAGUCCUGCCCAUGGGGGCCUGGGGAGCCAGCCUUAUUACCCACAGCACCCGAUGGUGGCCGAGUCCCCCUCCUGCCUUGUGGCCACCAUGGCUCCCUGCCAGCAAUUCCGCUCGGGGCUCUCAUCCCCGGACGCCCGCUACCAGCAGCAGAACCCAGCGGCUGUCCUCUAUCAGCGGAGCAAGAGCCUGAGCCCCAGUCUGCUGGGCUACCAGCAGCCGGCCCUCAUGGGUGCACCCUUGCCCCUCGCAGAUGCCCACCGCUCCGUGCUGGUGCACACAGGCUCCCAGGGCCAGAGCUCAGCCCUACUCCACUCCUCUCCAGCCAACCAGCAGGCUUCGCCCGUUAUCCACUACUCACCCACCAACCAGCAGCUGCGCUGUGGGAGCCACCAGGAGUUCCAACACAUCAUGUACUGCGAGAACUUCGCGCCCGGCACCCCUAGGCCCGGCCCACCCCCGGUCAGUCAAGGUCAGAGGCUCAGCCCAGGUUCCUACCCCACCGUCAUUCAGCAGCAGAACGCCACAAGCCAAAGAGCCGCCAAAAACGGACCCCCAGUCAGUGACCAAAAGGAAGUAUUACCUGCGGGAGUGACAAUUAAACAGGAACAGAACUUGGACCAGACCUACUUGGAUGAUGAGCUGAUAGACACACACCUUAGCUGGAUACAAAACAUAUUAUGAGACAGAGUGACUGUGAUCUUUGAUCCAAGAAAUCAAAGUCAAAGUUAAUGAAAUUAUCCGGAAGGAGUUUUCAGGACCUCCCGCGCAAAAUCAGACGUAGAAGAAGCCAUUCGAGCAAGCCACCUUCCGAAUCUGACCCCUCGGCGCCCCCCCUGUCCCCACUCCCACACCUCUGUCUCCUUUCCUGCUCACCUCCCGGCUGGGAGCCCACACGUGGAACAAUGAGCAGGCACAAAGCUGACUCCUGGUUAAGGAGCUCGCCGUCUCUCCCU